AGGCAGUGACUGUGAUGUAUGUUGCCAACACAGAGCCCAAGCAAACAAUAAAAAUGAAAGAAAAUAAGAAAAGAGAAACAUGUUCGGUUGCCAUGCGUGUUCCGAUGGUGAUUCGACAAAUCUCAGCGGCUGUUUCAAACGUAAAUAUCAAUUUGGCACCUAGACACGAUUAUCAACCAAAAUCCUUUUUGUAUAUACGUUUUUCUCUCCACUGGACAUCCGUUACAUUAGUUUCUCGCCUCGCCAGAAUCGGUUAGGUAGGUAAGCUCGGUCUUCACGGCCUCGACGGGCACCCCGACUCACUCCGGCCGACAAUGGCGGCCCUUCAGUUUCUUCCAAAUGAGAUCCUCCUCGCCAUCGCUGGUCAUUUGGCCGACUUCCAGGACCUCGCCGCCUUAGCCUUGACAGGCCGACGGUUGUUCUCUGUCGCCAACCCGGGGCUCUAUGCCACUGCUGCCCGCGACUACAAAACGGCCCUGUUCUACUGCGCCGAGAAUCGUUUGAUUGAACCGAUCGGCUCCUUGCUCAACCACGGAGCUGACCCGAAUCAAAUCUUUGCUUCGCCCAUUCCCCCGGAUUCUCUCAAUCAUGUCCUCGCAGCUCAGGGCCGCCGCCCGGGGAGACGACCGCUUUUUGACCAGAAGCUGGCCCUCGCGGUUAUGGAGUCAACCCUUGGGCGCACCCAACAUGGCGACGACGCGCUUGUCACUCUGCUCCUCGACAACGGCGCUAAUAUCAAUUCCGCGCUCCAUGCCACAGGCAAGUUUACCACGCCCGAGAGCUUCCCCCACCCUCACAGCUUCGCCUCGACCUUUUAUCCCGACCCGCUCCUUGCGACCCCAUUACACCUGGCAAUAUUGGCCGGGCACAGCUCGACGGCACGGCUUCUGCUGGCCCGCGGGGCUUCAACUAUCGUUUCCUAUGGCGGCAUCACCGCUCUUCACGUCGCUGCGUGGUACGGUAAUUUGGAGCUGUGCAAGUCACUCUUGGACGAAAGUCCUCACCAGGCAGUGGACUCACGGACGGCCGCACAACUCACCCCCUUUCACUAUGCCGUUGCUGGCGGCCAGUUGCAGACGGUUGGCCGCUUUCUGCUCCAAAGGGGCGCCGAUAUUCGGGCCGGGUUUAAAGGACCGCAACUUGAUGGAUACAUCCCCUCAUACUUUUCAUAUCAUCUCAACAAUGCUUUCACGUAUGCUCUUUGGGCCCAACAACACGGCGAUGCAUCGAUACUCCUGGAUAUGAAUCCCGAUUUUGCUGCAAGUGGACACAUAUCCUACCCUCACGACCCUUUGGAGGGUUGCCUUGUCUCGAUAGAUAUCAACCGGUCGGGCGACGGGGAAGAAGCGGUCGCCUUGCUUCGACGAUUGCUCCUGAGUUCCGAUCAUGGUACCGACACCGCAUCCAAAUCAUUCUGGUACUAUUGUACGCUGGCCCUAUCGCGGGACCUCCCUCAAUUUACGAAGCUAUUGUUAGAAUCUGCUAACGUUCGGGCGCCACCGCUUCGGAACAUCGAGUCCGGGGUACCUACGAGAUUGAUUCAACAUGCCCGUUCCAACGCAGGCGUCGAUGCCGUCAUGGCCCUUAUCGAGUACGGUGUCUCGGUACAGGGCAUGACUAGGCCUUGCCUCAGCCGUGUAUUUCCCCCCCCGACCACGGGACCCGUUGGCAACAGACUCCCGGCUUACCAUGAGGGAAUGUCGAUGCCGCAAUUCGAGGCCAGGCUCAAGAUUGGAAAGCUGGUGUACCAGCGUCUUUCAGCAGGCCCCGAAGGUGUCGACGAUAACGACUUGCGCGUCGCCCUUGUCGGCGCUUGCCAGCCGGGCGGGCUGAGAAUGUGCGAAUGGCUCGCCAGUAUCGGCGCGUUACGCGCGGUGGCCAAGGCCGAUUUGGCCAUCAUGUUGUAUCGGGCGGCGAGCGGGAAUGACUCAAGAUUAACUGAAUGGGUCUUGGGCCAGACGGAAAACACAGGCGAUAAGUGUUGGGUCAUGAAUAGGAUCUCGGUACGGGACGUGAUAUUCAAAUCUGGUGGUAAUGAGACCGCACUUAUGCUCGCCCGCCAUGGCGCAAAUCUCAAACUUCAAGUUGAGUUUAAUGAUGAAAUGCCAUGGAGCCUCGGGUGGACCCGCCGCUUGUUCUCAUGCCGAACCCGCCAGCGCAUGCCUAUCCAUGCCUAUUAUGACGGUAAAAACGGCAGCAACGUGUUCUUUCUAGUCUGUGGAAAACCAGACAUACCUGGAGCCGUCGAGCUGCUUCAGUUAGCCAUUCAGGCGGCCGGAGAAAGUGCCAAAGAUCUCGUCAACUGCAACCUUCUGACGUCCCACCCCUACAGAAACCUGCCACCGGUCAGUCUUCUCUGUUCUGCACGCCUUCCGUGGUCCCGUCCUCGCUGGGAUCACCGAGCCACCAUAGAUCGUAGGCCCGAAGAGGCGAACGCGCAUUCUGAACCGGCGCGGCUAGCGAUGCUACAGAUGCUCCUCGAUGCCGGGGCCGAGGUGCAUACACUAGCGGAGAGACGCGAUUAUAGACCGGCCGAAGAUUCUGAGGAACCGACGGAAUCCUUGUGGCAUGCUCUCGCCUCGGAGGAUAGGGACGAGAUCAAGCGUCAACAAGCCUUUGCAUUAGAGCGGGGCCCGAGCGUUGUUUGGGGGAUUUACGACUGGGGGGACGACCCCAUACGAUGCGCCAUACGGAGCGGAUUCCCGACGUUGGUUCAAGCAAUUCUUGAGGCAAGGCCUCUACCAACCAGAAACCAUCCCGCAGCUCUGCGUUACUUGAAAGCCGCCUGUGAUGGUGACCCGGAUGCAUAUCACGAAACUCGCCGCCUUUCCCCCGAGCACAACCUGGCAGAGUUCAGUAAGCAUAUCAUCCUGGACCUCAACUCCGAGGCGGCGUGCAGCCCUGACAGCUUCAUGGACUUCAACCCCUUUGAGAUGGGAGACAUCAAAGCAACAGAGGGGAGUUAUUGA